AUGAGACUCAGUGUGUUGUUCUCGACCUUCGUCUUCUGCGCGACGGUCAAGAGCCAGCAAUCAACACUGUUAGAAGAUUACUUGAAGAAUUACCCACAAUGCGCAGUAAGGACAUGGGCUUCGGCAUACACAGUAUCACAGAUAUCAGCACAAAAACGUGCCCCGAUAUCUCGUCCACUAGGAGUAUAUACUUUUGUAUUCAAAGAAACUGUAGCUACGCGGACGAAGUGGAUUAGCUCCGUCGGAGGUUCGGCGUCCGAGUGGCUGUCUAAUGCGUUCGAAUUCGAAUGGUUGGAACCCCAACAGGAGGCGAUGAGACUACUCAAGGAAGCCCUACUCUCUGCCCCUGCCCUGAUCAAAAUCGAUUACAGCAAGGAAGGAGGAAAGACCUACUUGACGGUGGACGCCAGCCUCAAGGGAUGGGGAGCCGUGUUGCAACAAGAGGACUCAGACAAGAAAAGACAUCCAGCCAGAUUCGAGAGUGGCCUUUGGAACCCUGCUGAAAGCAAGUACGAUGCAACCAAACGAGAAUGCCGCGGCGCCCUCAAGGCCAUGAAAAAGAUGAGGAGCGAGCUGUACGGAGUCCACUUCAUCUUGGAAACCGAUGCUAAAGUACUUGUUGAUCAACUGAACGGAUCCGCGAGCGACCUACCUGGAGCUCUUGUCACGAACUGGAUCGCAUGGAUGAGGCUGAUGGACUUCGAGGUCAAACACAUCCUUGGCACCAAGAAUGCGGCGGCGGACGGUCUGUCUAGGAGGGGAAAGGAACAUCCUUCGGAUAAAAAUUCUUUUUUAUUGGCAAUAAGAGAGAGUUUUUGCCGGGGAGCCGAAAUAUUGCACUUUGGCCAUUGCGGCAUUCCGAAGUCCGAACCCAUCGGGGAUGGGGUUCUGAUGAUUUGA